ACUCCUCCAGGGCGGGAGCGCACGUAGAGCAGCUAGGUGGGCUCCGGAGUUGCAGCUGCUGCGGCUCGGCAGCUGCUCCGGCUCCGGGACCCUUAGAGUCCCUUCACGUGCCUUCUAUUGAAGAGCAGGAACUGACGGUUGUUUAGGCCUCUCAAUUCCAGAAAGUUUCCUGGGGACCUUUCCGGUCGGAAAGUCGAGGGGCAGUUGUCUUGUAUUUGAAAAGGGGGUAUCCAGUGAGGCGGAGCUUGAGGGGGUUGUGUCGAGUGAUUGAUACAGCUGUCCACCAAUAAGGCUACUAUCGCUCGCCUCAGGAAAAUCAUCACAACUCCAGCUGGAUGUGCGCAUAAUAGUGUAAUCACUCAUGAUUCUAUUUUGUUUAAUAAUUCGUUCUUGAGACUAGACGUCUCGAAAGCGAAGACUGGCACUCCUCAGUCUGCCACGGACAGCUCGCAGGCCGAUACUGAACAGAAGCACCCUUAUCAAGGAGGCGUCACCUCUGGGCAAGCCUAGCAUCAGUCCAUUGACACCCACAGUCACGAUGAUAGACGUUCUCCCAGACCAACAGCUUCCUUUGGUUCGAGGCGGGUCUUACGCGAAGGGCCUAUGGGAUCUACGCCAGUUCAGCCAAUAGGGUCAGGGCAGGGGGCGUGGCGGGAAGUUUGAAACUCGUAACUUCGGGAGUUGAGCCACGAGCUGUUGUGCAUCCAGAGGUGGAAUUGGGGCCACGCAUUCCCUCCUCGUCCCGGGGUGGCCCUUGCCCCCACCCUGCAACUCCUGGUUGAGAUGGGCUCAGCCAAGAGCGUCCCAGUCACACCAGCGCGGCCUCCGCCGCACAACAAACAUCUGGCUCGAGUGGCGGACCCCCGUUCACCUAGUGCUGGCAUCGUGCGCACUCCCAUCCAGGUGGAGAGCUCUCCACAGCCAGGCCUACCAGCAGGGGAGCAACUGGAGGGUCUUAAACAUGCCCAGGACUCAGAUCCCCGCUCUCCUACUCUUGGUAUUGCACGGACACCUAUGAAGACCAGCAGUGGAGACCCCCCAAGCCCACUGGUGAAACAGCUGAGUGAAGUAUUUGAAACUGAAGACUCUAACUCAAAUCUUCCCCCAGAGCCUGUUCUGCCCCCGGAGGCACCUUUAUCUUCUGAAUUGGACUUGCCUCUGGGUACCCAGUUAUCUGUUGAGGAACAGAUGCCACCUUGGAACCAGACUGAGUUCCCCUCCAAACAGGUGUUUUCCAAGGAGGAAGCAAGACAGCCCACAGAAACCCCUGUGGCCAGCCAGAGCUCCGACAAGCCCUCAAGGGACCCUGAGACUCCCAGAUCUUCAGGUUCUAUGCGCAAUAGAUGGAAGCCAAACAGCAGCAAGGUACUAGGGAGAUCCCCCCUCACCAUCCUGCAGGAUGACAACUCCCCUGGCACCCUGACGCUACGACAGGGUAAGCGGCCUUCACCCCUAAGUGAAAAUGUUAGUGAACUAAAGGAAGGAGCCAUUCUUGGAACUGGACGACUUCUGAAAACUGGAGGACGAGCAUGGGAGCCAGGCCAGGACCAUGACAAGGAAAAUCAGCACUUUCCCUUGGUGGAGAGCUAGGCCCUGCAUGGCCCCAGCAACGCAGUCACCCAGGGCCUGGUGGUAUCUGUGUCCUCUCAGCCCUUCUUUCCCAGGGAUCCUGAGGAAAGGCUUGUUUCCUUAGACUCCUCAACUACCAAACUGGGACUCAGCUUUAUGGGGCUUUCUUUGUGUCUUGUGUGUUUCUUUUAUAUUAAAGGAAGUAUUUUUAAAUGUUACUUUAAAAAA